AUGACUGGUCAUGUGAUCGGUCUCAACCUUGGUUCGGGUGGGCUUCAAGGCAAUAUCCAUUCCAAUAGCAGCUUAUUCUCUCUCGGCCAUCUCAAGAGGCUAGACCUCUCUUCUAAUGAUUUCGGAGGUUCCCCAAUUCCGUCCAAAUUUGGUGGCUUUUGGCCCAAUCCCUUCCGAAAUUUCCCACCUUUCCACCUUGGUUUCACUCUCAGCUUGAACAGAAUUGUUCAAAACCUGACCAAUCUUCGGGAGCUUAAUUUGGACAAUGUUGAUAUGUUAUCAGUUGUACCCGAUUCCUUCAAAAAUCUGUCUUCUUCUUUGAAAACUCUUGAACUUUCCUGGUGCAACUUGCAAGGAAAAUUCCCAGAAAGCAUUUUCCACCGACCAAAUCUUCGACUCGUAGAUUUAGGCUACAACUAUAACCUCACAGGUUAUUUCCCCGAGUCUAACUGGAGUAGUCCGCUCGAGAUGUUGGAUCUCUCUCAUACAAGAAUCUCAGUAGAUUGGCAUCAUCUGACAAGAAAUUUCAAGUCUUUGAGAGAUUUGUCUCUCAGCAAUUACAGUUUUGUAGGAUCAUAUCUUGCAUUUCUUGCUAACCUCACACAAAUCAUGCGGUUGGACCUCUCGUAUAACAGUUUUGGUGGCCAAAUCCCAUGGUCGUUGUUUUUAAACCUUGAGAGUCUCGUUGAGUUGUAUCUUAGUGGCAACAAUUAUGUCGGUCAGUUUCCAGAAGUUGAUAGCAACUCGACAUCGAACUCUUCUUUAUAUGAUUUUUCAAAACAACAACUUGUGGGUCAUAUUCCUCGACAGUUAAUCACCCUUUUUUUAGAUGGGAACCAACUCAACGGAACAAUACCAUCUUGGUUAGGUAGUUUGCCAUCAUUGGAAUUGUUAUACCUCGGAAGUAACCAACUCAGCGGUAAUAUCAUUGAGUUCCAAUCUCGUUCUUUGUCAUGGCUUGGUUUAAGGAAUAACAAGCUGGAUGGCCUGAUUCCAAGAUCAAUCUUUGAACUUGAGAAUCUUCAUUACCUUGAUCUAUCAUCCAACCAACUCAGCGGUAAUAUCAUUGAGUUCCAAUCUCGUUCUUUGUCAGGGCUUUAUUUAAGUGAUAACAAGCUGGAUGGCCUGAUUCCAAGAUCAAUCUUUGAACUUGAGAAGGUUAUGGAUCUUGAUCUAUCAUCCAAUAACUUGAGUGGCAUUGUGGAGUUUGGAUCCAAACUCCAAAGUCUCUUGACGCUUAAUCUUUCAUUUAAUUAUCUAUCCUUGAGCUUCAACCAUUUGAGUAACAACACCUGGCCUCAACUUUUCAGUCUAGAUUUGUCGUCUUGUAACAUAAGUGAGUUCCCAUACUUUCUAAGGGCCGCACCAAAUUUGGACAGGUUAUCCCUUUCCCACAACCGAAUCCAAGCCAACAUUCCCAAAUGGUUGUUGGAUUUGGGGAAAGAUUCAUUGGGUUAUUUGGAUCUUUCUCACAACUCUUUGACUGGCACUGUAGGACCGCUUCGGUGGAAAAAUCUUUACUAUCUUGACCUUCGCAACAAUUCUCUCCAAGGAGAGCUUCCAAUUCCAUCACCUUCCACUUCUUACAUUUUCAUAUCAAAUAAUCAAUUUACUGGAGAGAUACCUCCAACGAUCUGCAGCCUGAGUAGCCUUCAAAUCCUUGAUUUGUCUAAUAAUAAAUUGAGUGGCAAAAUUCACCAAUGCAUAGAGAAUUUCAGUCAGAGCCUCUCUGUUUUGAAUCUACGGAAUAAUCAAUUUCAUGGUGUGAUUCCUGACACAUUUUCCGAGGGAAACGUUUUGAGAAAUCUUGAUCUUAAUGGAAAUCAGUUGGAAGGGUCGUUGCCGCAAUCUUUGCUCACAUGUAGAGAGUUGGAAGUUCUAGACCUUGGAAACAACAAAAUUGAAGACACAUUUCCAAAUUGGCUGGAAUCUCUUCCGAAGUUGCAGGUUCUUAUCUUGAGGUCUAACAAAUUCUCUGGUGAAAUAUGCUUUCCAAAAACUAAGUUUCCAUUCCAAAAAUUGCAUAUCAUAGACCUCUCCAACAAUCGGUUUAGCGGUCUCUUGCCAACAAAAUAUUUUGAAAAUUUGACGGCCAUGAUAAACUCGCAAGAACAUGGACUGAAAUAUAUGGGAGGGCGCUACUAUCAGGAUACUGUGGUAGUGACAAUUAAAGGCUUCAAAAUUGAAAUGAAGAAGAUCCUAACGUACUUCAUAAUUAUUGAUUUCUCAAACAACACUUUUAGAGGAGAGAUUUCAAGUGUAAUUAGUAAGCUUAAAUCAUUGAAGGGGCUUAACUUUUCUCAUAAUGAGCUUGCAGGUACAAUUCCACCAUCAUUUGGCGAAAUGAACAAUCUUGAAUGGUUAGAUCUGUCUUCAAACAAACUUGUUGGUGAUAUUCCGGAGCAACUAGUAAAUUUGACGUCACUAUCAAAGUUCAAUGUUUCAAAAAAUCAACUUGUGGGGCCCAUACCUCGUGGCAAGCAAUUUGAUACAUUUGAAAAUGAUUCAUAUAGUGGAAAUACAGGAUUGUGUGGAUUGCCACUUUCUAAAACAUGCAGUGCACCACAUCAAUCACUGGCAUCAUCAUUCCAACAAGAGGAUGAUUUGGAGCAUGGGAAUGGUUUUGAUUGGAAGGUAGUGUUGAUGGGGUAUGCAUCUGGGGUGUGGUAA